AUGACGAAUAAAGAUUGGAAUGAUUCUACAAAUGAGCCAUCCAGUAUUGCUGAAAACGUCGCCUCUUCAAGCUCUCCUUUUCCCGCAAUGAGCACCAAAGGCCAAAACGUCAGAAAUAAUGAUGAUGAAGAAGAAGCUGGCUUUCAACCUACCAGUUCUAACAGUGCGGAAAUGGACUCAUCUAAAGGCACAUCUUGUUUCGAGAACAGACAGAAAGGGCAAGGUGAUGAUGGGAGUAGUUCUAGAAAUGAGCCAUCCAGUAGUGCUGAAAACAACUCCUCUUCAAGCUCUUCUGGUUCCAAAAUGAGCACCAAAGGCCAAAGUGCAGAGAGAUGCAUUGAUGAUAUAGUCAACGAAUGUCAUACUCAGUGUGCUGAAGACUAUGUCAGUGAUGAUAGAGAUAUGAAGAAUUGCAGUAGGCGCUGUGAUGAUAUAGUCAACGAAUGUUAUACUCAGUGUGCUGAAGACUAUGUCAGUAAUGAUAGAGAUAUGAAGAAUUGCAGUAGGCGCUGUGAUGAUAUAGUGAACGAAUGUUAUACUCAGUGUGCUUAA